CGAUGUGAGAUUUUAUUUUAGGUUAUGUUUUCUUAAAAUGAUACUUCCUAUUGUUUUCUUUUUCUAGUUGAUUUAUUUGAAACAGUUUUUAAGAUGUUUUAGGCUUUUAGUCUCACUUUUUUAAUGUUAAAAAUAGAGAUUCAAUUAGAGUAUAAACAUAGUGUAAUCAAUUUAAAAGAUUUGACGUCUGUUAGUCUUUGUUUUCAUAAAAUAUUUUAUUGCAAUUUGAUACCAAAUUCCUCAUUGUGUGCAUUGCAUAGUUCAAGCUAGUUGUUCAUUAUUUUUCAAAGCAUUCUAUAAUUUUUUCAAUAUUCCAGUAAUUUUGCUAUUUGUAAGCUCUUGAUUUGGGUUGAGCAGAUGAACUCUUGAUGUCAAUGUUUCCGUAUCACCCCAAAACAUUAUACUUUGGAUUUUCAAUAUUUUUAGCUGCAGAAGUUAUUGAAUUCAUUUGGAAAAAAGCUGUAGCAUCUAGAAAAAAAACACCCAUUCAUGAUAAAGAUUCAAGUGCAGAUAAUGAUAGAAUUGUAUUCACCUUAGCAAAUUAUCUAUGUUCAAAUAGCCAUGAACGUGGUUUAACUUCUUGUGGUGCAGAAUUUUGUCCAUAUAAUGCCUUGCACGUACUAAUUAAUCAGAUUUCUUCAAGUAAAAAGUCAUUACAUAUUUGUGUUUAUAAAUUAACAUUUUCAGAAUUAAUAAAUGCAAUUAUAAGAGUCAAGAAAUCACGAAAAAUUACGGUAAAAGUCAUAAUUGAUGACAAGGAGGAUUCUGAAGGUGCUCAAAAAUUGAGAAAAAAUGGCAUCUCUGUACUUGGUAAUGAGUAUUCAAAAGGACUUAUGCAUUUAAAAAAUAUUAUUAUUGAUGAAGAAGUGUUAAUAACUGGGUCUUUCAACUAUACAAAAACAGCUCUUCUGAUUCAAGAUAAUAAUUUUAUUAUUACUAGAAACAAAGAAGUUGUAAAAUCAGCUAUUGAUUCGUUUCAUGUUACGUGGAAAGCCAAUUCCGAACUGAAGAGAACUUCUCCGAAAUCGACAGACAUCAGUCAUCUUUAAAAUGUCGGACUACGAUCCAGGUCAACUACCCGAUUUGCUGCCUAUCUAUUAUAAGAGGCUAUUUCCUUUUGAAUUGUUCUGCAAAUGGCUUGACUAUGGAGGAGUAAAGAACGGUUAUUUCCGCAAUAGAGAAUUCUCAUUCACACUGCCUGAGGAUAUAGUUGUACGGUACCAGUCAUUCAUUAAUGCAAGUGAGUUCGAAGAAGAAAUAAAGAGACGCUGUCCUCACAAAAUAGAUAUUGGAGCCGUGUUUAAUACAAGCCCGAAGAGCUAUCGUCACGUGACACUGCUGGUGCCCGAAGAAAAGGAGUUGGUUUUUGACAUUGACAUGACCGACUACGACGAGGUGCGCAGCUGCUGCCAGGGGGCCGACGUAUGCGCCAAGUGCUGGCGGUUCAUGGCCAUAGCUGUGCAAGUCCUAGAUGUCGCACUGCGCGACGAUUUCGGAUGGCAGCAUCUCUUGUGGGUGUUCUCAGGCCGGCGAGGUGUGCAUUGCUGGGUGUGCGAUGCUUCAGCAAGAACGAUGGACCAGAAGCAGCGGUCGGCCGUGGCUGAGUACCUGCAGGUGGUCAUUGGCGGCGAGAGUCAGGGCAAGAAGGUCAAUCUGCCCGGCGAUCGGCUGCAUCCUUCCAUCGCCCGAGCUGUGGAGAUAAUUGAAGCCCAGUUCGAGACCCUGGUUGAAGAACAGGACUUUUUCGGCAAUGAGGCCAAAGUGCAAAGCCUCCUGGCUGCCGUCAGGGAUGACACCCUUUGCAGCGAAAUCAAAAAGGCUUUGGAUAAUUGUCCAGCCACCUCGAAGAACAGAUGGAAGGAAGUGUUGGGAGUUAUCUCCUACCAGAAAUCAAGAGGUCAAUUGAAAUGGAGAACCAAAAACAUAAAGGAAGAGCUGAUCCUGCAGUAUGCCUAUCCCCGACUGGAUAUAAAUGUCAGCAAAGGCUUGAACCAUUUGCUCAAAGCUCCGUUCUGCGUUCAUCCGAAAACUGGCAAAAUUUGCAUUCCUUUCAACCCCAAAGUCGUCAACAACUUCAGCUUGUCUGCUGUUCCUACCAUAAGUUCUCUAAUAAACGAAAUUCAAGCAUAUGAUGAGAAACAGGACUCAGUUUUGAACAACGAAGCAAGGCAGAAAAUGAAAGAUUUCAAGAAGACAAGCAUGAACAAGAACAUAACAGUCUUCAGUGAAUUCCUACGUAAGCUUGAGGACACAUGGAGAGGAAAAAUGAUCGAAAUCAGUGAUGAGAAAAUGGAAUUCUAAAAUGUAACCUCAGUCCAGGAUGGUGUCAUGUUUAUUACCUCAAGACAAGUCAAAGAUUUUCGACGCUUUCAUGAUUGUGAAAUGGACUUGUUUUAACAUUGAUGGCAAUUAAUUAUAAGUGCGAUUUGCUUAAUUUCAUGGUAAUUAUUAGUGUUAGUAUAUGGUUAUUAUUUGGUUCAUGAUUUCCACUUAUUUAUUUUCAUUUUUAACCAACUUAUUUAGAUCUAUUAUAAAUCUGAAAGAAGUGCCUUACUGCUAGUGAAUAGGUCUUUGUUACUUUUUCUUAAACAAUUAUCUCCAUCUCUUUUGUAAAAUGUAAUAUCAAUAAUAGUUGCAUUACUAGAUUUAAUAUUACGAAUAAAAUUGAAUACUUUCUAUGUAA